AUGCACUUGUACAACUUGACUCUACAGGCGCCAACGGCCAUCACACAGGCGAUUGUGGGGAACUUUAGCGGUAUCCGACAACAAGAAAUUAUAAUAUCUAGGGGUACUAUACUUGAACUAUUACGCCCCGACUCGUCUACUGGCAAAGUCAGCACAGUUCUUGCACAGGAUGUAUUUGGUACGAUCAGGAGCAUAGCAGCGUUCAGGCUGACUGGCGGAACAAAAGACUACUGCAUUGUCGGUUCGGACUCGGGCCGAAUUAUUGUGCUGGAAUACGACCCAAAAACAAACAGUUUUACCAAACUGCAACAAGAGACAUUCGGAAAAUCCGGAUCUCGUCGAAUUGUUCCUGGUGAAAUGCUGGCUGUCGACCCAAAGGGCCGUUCGGUCAUGAUAUCCGCAGUGGAAAAAUCCAAGCUGGUCUAUGUCCUCAACCGUGACGCGGCCGCCAAUUUGACCAUCAGCAGUCCGCUAGAGGCCCAUCGCAAUGGGGCAAUCAUUCAUGCUAUUGUGGGAGUCGAUGUCGGAUUCGAAAAUCCUCUGUUUGCUGCGUUGGAGGUCGAUUAUACCGAGUCUGACGCAGAUCCUACUGGGCAAGCGUUUAGGAAUGCGGAAAAGAUGCUUACAUUCUACGAACUUGACUUGGGUCUUAACCACGUUGUGCGUAAAAGUUCUGAGCCAACUGACCGCCGCGCCAACCUGCUUGUACAAGUUCCUGGCGGCCAGUCUGCCACGACCAAUGCUUUCGAUGGCCCCAGUGGUGUGCUUGUCUGUUGCGAAGACCAUAUCAUCUAUCGUCCUGUAGACCUGGAUGGCGGUGCGGUAUCCCAUCGCGUACCCAUUCCCAGGCGUCGUACACCUUGGGGAGGUGACGAAGAGCGGGGCUUGAUCAUCACCAGCGCCGUGAUGCAUAAGAUGAAAGGCGCAUUCUUUUUCCUGCUCCAAUCAGAAAUUGGAGACUUGUACAAGGUCACACUAGAGCACGAGGACGAAAUAGUCAAGUCCAUGACGAUCAAAUACUUUGAUACUGUACCGACCGCGACCAGUUUGUGCAUCUUGAAGAGCGGUUUCUUGUUUGUCGCAGCUGAAGGUGGUAACCAUCACCUAUAUCAAUUCCAAAAACUGGGUGACGAUGACGCCGAGCCCGAAUUCACAUCCAACUCGUAUUCCAAUAAUGGCAUCUCGUCCUCACCUCUCCCACCAUGCUAUUUCCGACCCCACCCGUUAGACAAUCUUGUCCUCGCGGACGAGAUGACCAGCUUCUGCCCGAUCCUUGAUGCACGAAUUUUGAAUUUGUUUGGACCUACCUCGGGAGUACCCGCAACGUUGCAAAGUGAUACUCCCCAGUUCUAUCUUGCUUGCGGGCGGGGCGCUCGCUCUUCUUUCCGAAUGCUGCGACACGGAUUGGAAGUCGAGGAAAGUGUGAGCUCAGAGCUUCCUGGUGUUCCGAAUGGAGUCUGGACGGUCAAGUACAUUAUCCUCUCGUUCGUAAACGGUACCCUUGUUCUGUCGAUCGGAGAAACGAUUGAAGAAGUGGCCGAUACCGGGUUCUUAUCCUCAGCGCCGACUCUGGCGGUCCAACAACUCGCCGACAAUGGAGGCUUGAUCCAAGUUCAUCCGGGUGGCGUGCGCCACGUUCGACCCAGUCAAGGAGCUUCCACAGCAGGCGUAACCGAAUGGCGAGCACCUCAAGGCCGCCAAGUCGCCUCUGCAACAACCAACACGCGCCAAGUCUGUGUUGCGCUCAACUCGGGCGAACUCGUGUACUUUGAGUUGGACUUGAACGGAGUACUCCAGGAAUACGGAGAAAUGCGUGCUGUUGGAAGUGCGGUUGUGUGUAUGAGUAUUGCCGAGGUUCCAGAGGGCAGACAGCGCAGUCCUUAUUUGGCUGUUGGUUGUGAAGACCAAACGGUUCGAAUCAUUUCCUUGGACCCCGAGUCGACCUUGGAAACCAUCUCGUUACAGGCGCUCACGGCACCUCCAACGUCUAUUUGCAUAGCUGAGAUGUUGGACGCGAGUAUUGACAAGAAUAUGCCGACAUUGUUUGUUAACAUUGGGCUUUCGAACGGAGUCUUGUUGAGAACUGUUUUGGAUCCUGUAAAUGGCCAGCUGACAGAUACGCGGACACGCUUCUUGGGCACUCGUCCCGUCCGACUCACCCGCGUCUCGGUCCAACGCAACACAUGCAUCCUCGCCCUUUCGUCUCGCUCGUGGCUCAACUAUACUCAUCAAAACCUGCUCCGCUUCUCACCUCUCAUUUACGAAAACCUCGAUCAUGCAUGGAGCUUCUCAGCUGAACUGUGUCCUGAAGGGUUGAUUGGAAUUGCAGGCAGCGUACUGCGGAUUUUCCAAAUCCCCAAGUUGAGCGAUAAGCUUAAACAAGUGACGAUGCCGCUUUCGUACACUCCUCGAAAGAUCGCGGUUCACCCCGAGCAUCAACUAUUUUACGUCAUUGAGAGCGACCAUCGGACGUGGGGUUCAGAGGCCAAGAAUAAGCGAUUGGCCGAGUUGAAACAAGCCGGGAGACAGAUCGAUCAAGAAUUGGUCGAUUUACCAGCUGAAGAUUUUGGAUUACCAAGAGCUGGUGCUGGACAAUGGGCGUCUUGCAUUCGGAUUAUAGAUCCCACCGAGCCCAAGACACUCUUCAAAAUCGAGCUUGACAACAACGAAUCCGCAUUCUCAGUCGCGGUCGUUCCUUUUGCGGCGCGCGAGAACGAGUUGUUCUUGGUUGUCGGUACUGCCAAAGACACCAACGUUCUUCCUCGACAAUGUGCAACUGGCUAUUUGAGGACGUAUAAGAUCUUGGAAGCUGGCAAGAGGUUGGAGCUGUUACAUCAGACCGAGGUGGAUGAUGUCCCGCUCGCGCUUCUUGGUAUCAAGGGACGCUUGUGUGCUGGUGUUGGCAAGGCUCUCAGGAUAUACGAGAUGGGCAAGAAGAAGCUGCUUCGAAAGUCUGAGAACAAGGGCUUCGCUACCGCGAUCGUAACUUUGACCAGCCAAGGGUCACGCAUCAUCGUGGGUGAAAUGCAAGAAUCGGUUCAUUACGCAACAUACAAACCAGAAAGCAACCGGCUACUGGUCUUUGCGGACGACACUUCUGCCCGAUGGGUCACUUCUGCUGCGCUGGUUGAUUACGACACUGUCGCUGUGGGAGACAAAUUUGGAAACAUCUUCGUCAACCGGCUACCGGCUAACAUCUCCCAACAAGUUGACGAUGAUCCCACAGGUGCCGGUAUCAUGCACGAGCGGGAGUUCCUGCAUGGAGCACCGCACAAGACGAAGCUGCUCGCUCAUUACAAUGUUGGCGAUAUCGUGACGAGCGUGCACAGAGCGGCACUUGUUCCUGGUGGACGAGAUGUGGUAGCAUACACCGGGCUGCACGGGACGAUCGGCGUGCUGAUACCCCUGGCAAGCAAGGAAGACGUGGACUUCAUUACUACGCUCGAACAGCACAUGCGAUCAGAACACUCCAGCUUGGUGGGACGUGAUCAUCUUGCGUACCGGGGAUACUAUGUGCCGGUGAAAGCUGUGGUUGAUGGUGACUUGUGCGAACGGUUCGCGAUGCUUCCAUCGACGAAACAAAAGAGCAUUGCGGGAGAAUUGGAUCGCACGGUUGGGGAGGUGCUCAAAAAGCUGGAAGGUUUGCGAGUAGCUGGAAGCGGGUUCUAA